CCCAUGAUGGCUGCUUCGCAACGUCCUCCAGUUCUAUCAUAUCCUUACCCACCCGGCGUGUCGCUGGGCCCGCCAGGUGCGUCACCGUCCCUUAUCACGUCGCUCGAGGCGUUUGCUCAUCUCGUGCGCGUUUCACGUCUGGCGGGGCCUUCUCCCCUUGGUUUGAGCACGAUGCUCUUAUCAUCGUGUAUUUGAGGCCCGUCGCCGCAAUUGCCGGUCAAUUUGGGCUCCAAUAAUCCGUUUCGCAACCGUGCGUUGUCGCCGUCCAGCUCCAUCACAUCGGGAGGUCGUCCAGAGCGACCGACCUCGACCAAUCCUUUCUUGGACGACAUCGAUCCGUCCUCGCCUCAGUCUGCGCCCGUGGGUAGCAUGACCUUUCCGACCGAAAGACAAGACGUCACAGGAAACACUCGCGAUCUCUUUGAAAACCUCUCUUUGGGUUCCGCUCCUCAGCCGACCGGAUAUCGACCCGCCCCGCCCCCUCCGACCAAACCUCAGGUGAACGGUGCCAGUUCUCGCCCUCCUCCGUCUUCGAGGGAACGUCCCGAGCGCCGUCAAAAGGAUCCUUUGGAUAUCUUUGCCGACCCCCCAAGACCUUCAAAGCCUUCCGGCUCCUCCGGCCCCAGACCGCGCGAUCGUGAGAGACGGCCGCGUCGCAACUCGGAAUCUUCCAUAAUGGAUCGCGCACCGAAACUCAUCGACGUCGAUGACGAGAAAAGACGGCGGGAGCGACGACGCCGCGAAAAGGAGAGGAGUGAAAGAAGCGACUCCAAGAAAGACCCCAAAUCGCGCUCGAAGAAGCAGAACUACCAGCUUGAUAUAAUCGACAAGCUGGAUGUCACGAGCAUCUAUGGCACCGGAAUGUUCCAUCACGACGGGCCGUUCGAUGCUUGCAACCCUAACCGCAACCGCAAGGGUCUGCGCACGGCUCCCAUGCAGGCUUUCCCGAAGGACUCCACCAACAUGGCUUUGGGAGGCGCAGGACCUCUGAACCAGAACAUCGAUCUGAACCUUUUCCACGGUCGAACUGAGGAGGGGUACAAUGAUUUCGCUGCGAGUGGUGCCGACCGCAGAACCGAGGGUGUCAGUUUCGACCCCAAAUCACGCAUCGAGCCGGUUCACGGCGCUCAGACCAUGGGCCUGGGAACCAGCACUUUCCUGGACGGAGCUCCUGCCAGUCGGUCCGCGAUGCAACGCCGAGCUAGCGAGAAUGAAAACCAAGGAGGUAUGGGUGGCGGCGGAGGUCUGCAGCGCAAGAAAAGCUUGGCCCAGAGACUGCGCGGAAUGAAUCGAGCUCCCGAGCCUUCAUACACUGCCCCUGCCGCCAACUCGGGAACGAUCCGUGCCAACGAGAAGAAUCCCUUCUUCCAAGACUAUGACGAUGCUUGGGACAAGAAAGGCGCCCGAAUCGAUGAAUCACGUGAAAUCGGCCGCACUCGUUCGUCCAGCAGCCCGAAACAGAGCCCCGGUCUCGAGCGGUGGCACACCAACGAACGGACGAACAGCGGAUUCGAUGAACGCCAGAACCAGAACCAGAACAACGGCGGUGGUUUUCUCAAUCGCAUGAAGAGUUUGAGAAAGCCUCGCCCCGAGAGACGGGUCAGCGAUGAUUGAAUGAUCUGAUUCUUUGUCGCAUUUGUUGUAAUUCACAACGCACUCUUUGUUCUGGACAAUGGGUUACUGGAGAAGAGAAUCAACGGGAGAAAAGCAAAACAACUCUUUACAUGUC